AUGUCCUCGUACCAUCUCAGCACGCGAGAGCGGCUACUGGCCAUCAUAAACGAUAUAGAAAUCGUCGCCAAGGAACUGAUCGAGAAUACCAUCGCUCCGAAGGCACAGAAAAUGUCCAGUACCGACCACGCUCAGCUGGUCGAACUGCUCGUGUUGAAAGACAAGGAAUUGAAAUCAACCCUUCAGUUAGCUGCGGAACAGGCUGGUAUUGAGAAGAACAUGGAUGCGUUACGGGAGCAGGUGCGGAAACAGGACGAAGAAAUCAACCAACUUCAGAAGCAGCUGAAGGAAGCGGAACAAAUUCUUGCUACGUCCAUAUUCCAAGCGCGACAAAAGCUGGCCAGUAUUACGAAGGCUAACAAAAGGCCAGUUUCGUCGGAGGAACUCAUCAAGUUUGCCCACCGCAUCAGUGCGUCACACGCGAUUUGUGCACCGCUUACUUGGCAGCAGGGUGACCUACGCCGGCCAUACCCAACAGAUAUUGAAAUGCGACUAGGAUUUCUGGGAAAGUCGGAUCUCAACAUCAAUGGACACAAUCUGCAACAUCCCAACAGUUUGAACGAGAUGCAUCGAAACACGUCCGUGUCGGGGGCAGCGGGCGGUGCCGGAGCCGGCGGUGAGAUUCCGGCAUCGGCACAGAACCAGUUUGCAUGGCAUCCUUCCGGGGAGUUGCAUAUGUCGAUGGGCUCCGGUGGUGGAUCAGUUUCGUUGGACACACGGGCGCAUAAGGAUGCAUCGCAGGAUGAUGUGGAAGUUAUGUCCACGGAAAGUUCCAGCUCGAGCUCUAGCGAUUCCCAAUGAGCGCUGGUGAUUGUGGUGAUUGUUUAGCAUUAAGUAUUUGCCGUGUAAUAUUAGCAUGUCGCAAGUCGUGACUGGAAAAUGA